AUGCUACGCUGCUUCAACAGAUCAGUACUGCGCCCCACGCGUGGUGCCACGUCUGUGGCGACUGCGACUUCCUCCGCCGCCAUAGCUCUGCCGGUUCGUCAGUUUCAUAGUGUAUACGGCAUUAUUGGCUCCUGCCUCAUGUGCGGUGCUUGCAUGCUGUCCUUCGGCUCCUGGGCGAACAACUACUGCAACGUGAAGAAGUACGGCCGCUGGCGCUUCCGCAACUCGAUUGAUGAUGUCAUCAUGGUCUCCGACUUUCGCGGCGCGCGCUACUUUGGGGCCUUUGUCGGCUUUCUCUUUUGGUGGUUUGUCGUGGGUCCUCAGAAAUACCGCUGGAACAGCAAUUUGGCCGAUAUCCCCGGUAACACACGUAUUGGUCCCUUCUAA